AUGGACCCAGGCUUUUCGACAACCCGCCGGUCGCACACACGCAUGAGUGAGGACCGUGUCCUCCUACAGUUGUGCUUCAUUAGAGUUUCCAUCUCAGUUUCCAUGCCACAACAAUCGUCCGUACGUGUGAUUCAUGCUGCCAUCACUCCUCAUCACAUUGCUGAUAGAAGUGCCGCAGGGAAGGGCAAAGUCGACGAGAAAGUGAAUUCGAAGGUGAAGGCGAAGCCACUGCCCCCAGCAGUAAUACCGAGCGUCAGUACUUAUAGAUCCAUAGUCUCUGCAGCGCAGGAGACUGACUUCAUGGCUUUAAUUUUAGGCGACAUGGAUUCCUUUCUCGCCCAAGCCGGUGGGAGUUUGUGCAAGCGCAAAACACGGCCGGAACCUGUAUAUGAUAAGCCGAGAACAUCACCCCCUCGUGCUACUGGCGAUCACAGGGACAGCCAUCCAGAUUAUUUUGAUGCCUUAUCUGACAGAAUUAACGACAAUGGUGUCGGACUGUCAAGUGAUGACCAGUUUCUCAGCCCAAAGGAGAAGAUGAGGAAGGAGGCCAUUGAUAUGACGCCCGCUACCAAGAGGCUUGAACGGAUGAACGUCCAUAGCGGAACGGACGAAGGCGACACGUCAUUUGAAGGCCUGGACAUGGACGUGUUCAUGGACAUCGACGACAAAGACAUCAAUGGCGACAUGUCACUCAAACCGAAGCCAGAAGACUUGAGUGACAAGAAAGUCAAAGAGGAUGACACCCCAUCGUGGCCCUCUGUCUAUGACUCUCUCAGCGUGAUGACCGAUGACACGCUGGGCCCACUCUCCACUUCUACAUCUACAUCUCGACGCAUCGAGGAAGACGAGGCGAGGAACACCUAUGAGACCAAUGUGGUGCCCGAGAUGAAACACGUAUAUGAGGACUUCGAUUGUUUUCACAGGAAGGCCAGCAUCAAGCGCCGGAGAGCAAAGUUCAUCAAGAGGAAGUACGUGUUCGGAGAGAAGGACGUACUGAAAGGGGAGGCACAAUGGAUGAAAGUUGUGCAUGGCUUCGACGAACCACAAAUCUAG